AUGAAGAGCUUUGUCCUCCAAGCGGCCCUCGCCGGUGCGGCCCUCGCUGCUCCGAACCACCGCCCGUUCAUCGGCACCGCUUUCGUCGAGCGCGCCGCCGGCGACUGCAAGUGUUUCCCCGGUGAUGCGUGCUGGCCUGCCACGGCGCAGUGGGAUGCCCUCAACACCACCGUCGGCGGCAACCUCAUUGCCACCGUUCCUCUGGGGGCGCCUUGCCACGACCCUGUCUACGAUGCGGCCACCUGCGCUACGCUGAAGAGUGAAUGGCAGUAUGCGGAUAUCCACAUGGAAUCCUCCUCCUCCGUCAUGGCUCCUUUCUUCGCCAACCAGAGCUGUGACCCCUUCCAACCGGAGUCUCGUGCCUGUGUCCUCGGUAACUACGUAGUUUACGCCGUUGACGCCAAGACUCCCGAGCACAUUGCUGCUACCAUCGCCUUCGCCAAGGAGAACAACAUCCGCUUCAUCGUCCGCAACACCGGCCAUGACUACCUUGGUCGUUCUACCGGCGCCGGAGCCCUCUCCGUCUGGACUCACCACCUGACCAGCACCGAGGUUCUCGACUGGAACACCGCCACCUAUGCAGGCAAGGCCAUGAAGGUCGGUGCUGGUACCCAGGGCUUCGACGUCUUGUCAGCUGCGCACACCGCUGGCCUUGCUGUUGUUGGCGGCGAGUGCCCUACCGUUGGUAUCGCUGGAGGCUAUACCCAGGGUGGUGGCCACAGUGCUCUGUCCACCAACUUCGGUCUCAGUGCGGAUAACGUCCUGGAGUGGCAGGUUGUCAUCGGCAACGGCACUCUCCUGACUGCUUCCAAGACCGAGAACACUGAUCUCUACUGGGCUCUGUCUGGUGGUGGCCCGGGUAACUGGGGUGUUGUCACCUCCAUGACCGUCAAGGCUCACCCUGAUGCCGUCGUCGGUGGUGCCACUCUCGUCUUGAUGGCUGACGAAAACGACAACACUGCCUUCUUCAACGCCAUCGACGCCUUCCACGAGGAGCUUGCUGGUAUGGUUGACGGCGGUUCCAUGGUCGUCUACUACUUCUCCGCCGAUUUCUUCCAGAUCGCUCCCCUCACCGCGUACAACAAGACCACCGACGAGGUCAAGACCCUUCUGGCUCCCUUUGUCGCCCGUCUCGACGCCCUGAACAUGAACUACACUACCACCUACACCGAAUCGGAGAGCUACUACAACCACUACGACAAGUACUUUGGCCCCCUUCCCAACGGUAACAUCCAGGUCGGCAUCGCCCAGUACGGCGGCCGCCUCAUCCCCCGCGAAAAUAUUGCCAACAUUGGCUCCUUCUCCCGCAGCGUUGCCGAGAAGGGCGCCACCUUCAUCGGCGUCGGCACCGACGUCAGCAAGUUCGGCACCAAGGAGUCCAACUCUGUCACCCCCGCCUGGCGCAACACCCUCGUCCACGCCACCCUCACCACCGUCUGGAGCUUCACCGCCCCCUGGGAGGAGAUGAUUGCCAACCAGGACCUGAUGACCAACGUCCUCAUGAAGGAGAUUGAGGCGCUCACCCCCACCGGCGGCGCCUACAUGAACGAGGCCGACUUCCAGCAGCCCAACUUCCAGACAGUGUUCUUUGGCAGCAACUACAACUCUUUGUUGAGCCUGAAGCAGAAGUGGGAUCCCGAAGGUUUCUUCUACGUUCGCAAUGCCGUCGGCAGCGAGUCGUGGAGCGUUGCCAACGAUGGAAGAAUGUGCCGUGUCUAA